UGCCAUACAUCAGACCCUGUUUUUUACCACACACAUGUGUAAAGAAAAAUAUUUUGAACUAAUUUACCGUUGAGGAAUGAAAACCUGGCUUUAGUAAUAAAACGUUUCCCAUAUCUUCGUCGGCCUCUUGAAAAUAUUUAGGUCAUUAAAAGACGGGAAAUUACAAGGCUUAUUUUUAGUACAUUCAGGGCUUUAUUAUGGCGGGAGACCCAGUGGCAGAAAAAGCAGCUGCAUCUGUCCUGAAACGGGCUGUGGAGCUGGACACAGCAAGAAGAUUUACUGAAUCUCUGGUGUACUAUCAGGAAGGCCUGCAACUGCUGAUGGAAGCCAUUAAAGCUAAUGGACAAGAUGAAAACAGGAGGACUGAACUAAGAAAAAGAGCCAAAAGUUAUAUGAGCAGGGCAGAGUUUUUGAAGAAGCAUAUCGAAAAUGAGAAAGAAGCAGGCAAAUACCACGAGAAGAUUGAAAUCAGUGCCAAUUCAACUGGACAUAGCUAUCAAAAAGUCCUGGGAAGGUUCCUUGAUGAAUAUGUCACAAAAGUGGAGAUUGAAGAUCCUUACGUUCGUAGCACUCACCAGGUAUACAACCUGUUAAGACUUAGUGAACUUUUAGUUGGAAGUUGCCGAAACUUGCAAAGUAUAUUUUUACUGACGGGAAAAGAAUCCGGUAAUCAACAAGAUAUGCUGGAUGAACUGAAGCAAAGUUUAGCUAAACGCAAAGUUGUGCUCACAGUUGAAUAUUCAAACACUCUCCAUGAUCGAGAAAUCAGGUUAGACAAUGGUUGGAUCAUAAAGAUUGGUCGCGGACUGGACUAUUUCCGUCCACCUGAAGGUAAAUUCUCCCUUGGCUACUGUGAUUAUGACUUGAGGCCAUGCCAUGCUACAACAGUUGACAUUUUUCACAGUAGCAAAGUUCGAUCGGUUUCGAACAAGUGAUAAACUCUUAAGUGCCCAAUUCAUAGCCAUUAACAACGAUUUAUUAGAGGCUCAUCUUAAUGUGACUUUAGUGAUGAAAGUGAUAUCUUCAAGGUUGAAGGCACCGGUCUUUGACCUUUCUUUUUUAAAAUAUCCUUCGCACCAGCCGUCUUCUUUUAACCAAAAAAGUACAAUGACUCGUCGGUCGCGUUUCCUGUGUACAUGGAAAACGAAUCGGCCAUUUAGGCACACAUGUACCGCCAGGACAAACUUCCUGGGUUUCUUAAUAUCAAGUCAAUUUUGUUGUGUAUGUUUAAAAUUGCAUAUUUGCAGGCAAGACAAAGAAGGUUUACCUCG